GAUGCAGGAACGCGUUAGGGGAGGAGAGUGGCAAGGAACAGCAGCAGCCGCUUCGUCUAGUGCUUAUGGGAAGACGUUUCACAUACAGACAUGCACAAUGAAGCGACUGGUUGCAACAUCCCUGGCCUUGCUCCUUUACUCUAGUCCGAUCGUUUGUUUCACUCCCUUGAAUGCUCCCACAAGGAUUCGCUUUCGCGCUGCGACACUGAAUGUUCAUCAUAGCUUAGCGAUGAAACGACACGUACCUCGAUCGUCCCGUGGACAAGACAGUGAACCGGAAAGCAUUGAAGUAGACCAUGAUGGCAUUCCGAAGAUUGGGCGCUUGAAAAAUGUUGUCAGGCAGACAAGAGGCGACAUAGUGGGUACGAGGGGGUCAGUCAAAGUGCAAGGAAAGGGAUGGGACAACAUUCUCCCUAAACCUCCGACGAUUCGAGUAGCAGGAGGAACAGCAAAAGGAAGAAAAUUGAACAGACCUGAAGUUUAUCUACGGCCGAUGAUGGGCAAGGUCAAGGAGGCGCUCUUUUCCAUCUUGACAGAGUUUGACGUCCUGCGAGAUGACGCGAUUGCGCUCGACACCUUUGCUGGGUGUGGCAGCGUUGGUAUAGAGGCGUUGAGCCGAGGAGUCGGCAAGGCGGUGUUUGUAGAUUACAGCAAGGAAGCUUGCAACACAAUCAGAGGGAAUCUCGAAGUUUGCGAGUUUGAGGACAGAGGGAUGGUUGUUUGUUCAAAAGCUGAGGCAAUCUACGACGACCCCGUCCAAGUUUUGGCAAAGAUGGGAGGGAAGGGAUUCGAUCUUUUGACGAUGACACCGCCGUACGAGGAGGUCGAUUAUGGUGAUCUGCUCGGAAGGAUAACCAAGUCGGAGCAUUUGAUGAAUGAUGGAUGCAUCGUUGUUGUCGAGUAUCCCAUUGAGCUUGGAAGCUUACCACCCGUGGUAGGAAAUCGAUUGGUUGGCAUGAGGAAUCGCAAGUACGGGAGGACUAUGCUUGCUAUCUACGCUUGCAACCCUGGGUCCAAUAUGGAGCCUCGGCCACAAGAGUUCGGCACACUGCGCCUAGACUACCUUUAGAAGCUGUUGGUGAAAUGGCCGGAAAUCUAUUUUGCAGUACAACGUUGAGCUCUUGCC